ACAAAUCCGUCAAAAGAUUGUCAGGUUUCUUAAGUUAAAUUUGUGUCGUGAUGAAAACGAUUUUACAAGUCAUAUAGCUUGAGAUUUUGGGUUUGUCUGACUCAAUGUACAUCAUUUCGUCAAGAUAAUUUAAAAAUAUUCAAUUUAUUUGAGAUUUCUGAGUUCGUUUUGUUAUUGGUUUUGUGUAUUUUUUUUAAAUCUCACGAGCUGGUAAAAUGGCGGCGCCCGCUGUCUGCGUUUUAAAGUCCAAAUAGAAGCCAAUGGACCCGAUCAUAUAUUUAUGUAGUUGGUGCAGUAUAUUAAUUAAUAUACAUGGGUUCUAACCUGAACCAUUAUUUAUUAGUUUUCAAUUGUACAAUUUAUGCUCCUCGCAUAUAUAAUUUUGAUGACACAUGGGGAGUUUACUGCCUACUGUACAAGUAAAAUGGUGCGCACCAAAUUGUAGUUCACAUUUUGGUGUGGAAAACGGCUGUUAGAAUUUUUCUUCGAUAUUCAUCAGAUAUGAACACAAUUAAAAUCUUUAGAGAAUACAAAUCUAAUUGAAUCAAUUGCAUGUGAAAAAAACGUUAUCAAGCCAGCAGCAGAUGAAACGGAACCAAACAAAAUCUAGCUCCCUUAUUUUGCCAGCUAGAAAGAAAUGGACACACACUUAUUCAGAAUCGGAGCAAGCUGCACACCCAGCAAACUGUCUUUAAAAAGACGACUAUGCCCGUUCGUGUUUGGUUGAAAGUGAAGGUUGAAAGUGAAAGCUGAAAAUAUGUAUUUUUCAUGUCGUUGAAAAGACGUCCUUCUAGGCCUGUUUUGGUUGAAAGUUGAAAAUAAGUAUUUUUAAGGUCGUUGUUUUAACGACUUGCAAAGAACAUAAUUUAAAUGUACUUGUAGCCUAUACACAUAGAUGCAGUAACCAAAAAAUGCUCAAUCACACUACUCAUUACAUUACUCCAGUAUUUGCACAAAACAUUCAGUCAAAGAAUACUAUCUAGUACAAUGAUAAGACAAAAUACAGUUAAGGUCAAAUGAAUAUAAUUAUAUUCAUUGAAUAAUUAUCAAUCAAAAUUAUAGAUAUAUUUCGCUGCGUUAGCAACGGCCCUAUGUGGUGGUGACGUGGAAACCAACACCCCUGGUUCUCCCAGGAUGCAGGAUGCUUGAGGUGGUCUGCCACAGCUCUCCGAACAUCAUGGUCAGUGGCCUUGCUGUUCCAUUUCUUGACUGCAGCUGUAACACCAAAAUAAACACAGUAAGUUAUAGAAAAGACUAAUAGAUCUGGAGCAUCUUACAGGUUCCCCACGGCACCUAAAUCAGCAUUCAGGGCUCAAACCACCGGUUUAUCACCAACCAAUGGUGGCUAUUUUGUGUUGUGCAGUAAUAAUGAUAAUUUAUUACAUUUAUUCAGAAUAAUUUAGAAGUGGAUAAAUGUGUUUGCUUUUCCGUGUCUGUCAAAGACAAAAAGCAAUUUACAAGAUAAGUUUGGUUAAAGUUGUCCUUCUCAGGGGCUGACAAUUGAUUAGGGCUGUGCUCAAACUUGCACGCAGUGUAGAAAAGACGAGGGCCUGUUUGAAUGGCACAAGUUGUCUCUUUCAUUCCUCCCUAAUAGACUAUUAUAAUCACAUUCAUUGGUAAACUCUGAACACGGCAGCCUAAUAUAUUUGUCAGUAUGCGGAGAUCGCAAGUCAAAAAUGUUUACUUGAAAUGGGGGAAUGUUUAACCGACAGUUGUGUUUCCUAAUCGCCACUUUGCGUGAUGGCCGUUGAACAAGAACAUCAGGCCAUUGGUAAAGAGCCUGAAAGUCAAGCACACAUAGGAUGUUCUUUGUGAAUUGAACACUUUCAAACUGCUGAGGAGAUAAGGCUCUUGGAUUUACUGUCUUUGUUGCAGACAGUUUGUAUCACUAACGAUACCUUUAAAAUUACUUUCUUAUUGGAUCCAUUCUAAAGAUAUGACAUAACUGUCCAUGACCUUGUUGGCACAGUCCUUUGUGUCCUUACCACCAAUUUUGCUUAACCUUGAAAUCUGUGUCAAGAGACCUUGUUUGAAACCCUGGAAGUUAUGCUUUAACCUCUGUCUCAGUAACCUCUGUCUCAGUAGGACUAAUAAAAUAAAAUAAAUAUAUUCUACAGGCAUUGCUUGUAAGAGUGGAAUGAACAAAUUGUAUCGUUUUAGGUAGCGUGAAAAAUGCUGACAGUGUAAAUUAAAUGGUACCUACAGUGUAAAUUAAAUUGUCAAAUAAGCCAUACUAGUUAGUUAGCAAACCAACCAGCUUCACGGUAGGUACCCAGAGAGUAAUGUUGAUGUUAGACUCCAGCUAGUUCAUAAAAUAAAUAAAAAUUGGUCAAAAAACAAUGACUCCACACCUGUUACCAGAAAACAUAGCUAACCGUAGUUAGCUAGACCGAUACAGUAAGUUAGCUAACAGUACAACCAUCAAAUCUGUUAGCCCUGCUUUCCUGCCCUACUAUCUAACGUAAACUCACCCCAUUCCGUACAAAUGUGCGCAACCGCAACAUUCAAACGAGGCUACAAAGAAAACUAAUGGGACUGUAGCGACUGUGUUGACUUCAAAAUCGGGGGUGUGAACUACGUUUCUAUCGACAUGGUAAUGGCUCUAUAGUAUUGGAGAAAAGUUGAAAAAACGGACACUCCGUUUCAUCGUGACGUGUCAUGUCGUAACGUACAGCACGCAUAAAGCAACUAUUUCUGUUUUACAAUCUCUCUCCACCAGGUGUAGCACUUCUCUCAUCAUUUAAAAACAAGAAAUGGACAGUGACGGGGGUAAGGGGGGGGAUAACUAGUCAUUUUUUGCAUCAUCAUUGCAUACGAUCAUCAUUCUCAAAGCCGCUGUUUACUUCUAAGAUCACUUUAGCACCGCCUUAAAAACCCGAUUCAAAUUCGACACAAACCUUCAAAUAGGUAUAUAAUGACACAUUAUAUAAACUCUUUAUAGUGUUUUAUUUACAUUUUUAGAGGCGAUAAGGUGAUAAGUUGGACAGAUUAAGUGAAGAAAAGCAAUUUUCACACACAACAUCUCUACUUCUCACUAUCACGCAUUAUUUUCCCUUCCCCACCUGCCAUUUUUACAAAGACCCGACGGGGCUCAUUGCCUGCUUGAAUCAUGCAGAAACGGGCAGCGUUUAGGUCAUGUAAUUGAUUCUGUUGGAAAGGGGAGAAAUUGUGCUUUACAAUGGUAUUGACAUUACAGUUGAUCUGGAAGUAUUAGGUUUUUGGGGCGCUAAAAUAAGGGAAAUUUGUACGGACCAAGGCGAUGUACGAGUUUACGUGAGUUAACGUUAGCUAGCUAGUUAGUUAUCAAGGCUUAUCAAGGCAUAGUUGCUUAUGUUAGCCUAGAGAAAAUAAUAGUUUGCGACAUUAACAGAAACUGAUAAUUAUUAUAACAACCUUAUCAAAUUACAAAUGUUUUCAGAAAUGUUGAUGCUUAUAAUUAUCCUCAUGUCGUUGUGUUACGGUCUUGAGGAACAAAUGUCGGGUGAAUGACUUGCUCUUUCUGCUUCUCCCAGUUUUGAGACAUGACGGUUAUACAUUGUAAUAAAUUCCGUUGUGAUAUUGUAAACUAAUGAUUUGAAAUUACAGGUAAUUUUCUGUCAUUCUGUCUAUAUCAGAACAUCUAACAAGCUAUUCGAUUUUAUUUUAAAUCAAUAUAUUUCAUGAUAUUGUGUAUAUCAAAAAAAUAAUCAAACUUGUACUAUAUGCAAUAUUGUAUAAUUGUAUUUGUGUAUCUCAUGCAUUUCAAUGAGUACAAGCUGAUUAGGCUGACCUUCGGCUAUAUUUGGAUCAAAACAGACGGACAAUUUUGGGCGAAAUUAAGUCCAUGAUGGAUGGACCUGAUAUGGCCGAAAAUUUGCCGUCCGUGGACGUCACCACUGAUGCCAUGACAAAGCCACCGUGAAAUUCCCCUUUAACCUGUAGUUGUUGGCUUUUUUCAAUGCAGGAUUCUACAUGCAGGAGUUAAUCCGUUGCGGGCUGUGUCUGCUUUGGGGUAGGGAAAUAUGGCGAAGCGGAAGUGCAGUUCGAGUCUGAUAGCUCCCAGUUGAGUAAAGUUGGUAAGAAUUGAAUGGAAGACGGAGACGGAGAAAAUGGAGCAAACAGACCAAAAGUUGUAAGCGAACAUUGGUUUCUUUUGGAGCGCGAUUCAUCAACAAUUGUGUAAUUUGGGAGAUCAUCUGAGGUCAGGAAGAUGGUGAAGGAGGCAUUAGGAAAGGUAGAGUCAGUCAGUGACCAGUAGUGGUUUUGAUUUGAUUUCAUGCGUCUCAGAAGAGCUGAAGGAGAGAACAUUGUUUUUCGGAGCAGGGCACCGUUAAAAUGUGUUAUAUCUGGAGUUUCGUUGGAAGAGUGAAGAGUGUCUGCCUACUCAUGUGAUGCUGCGAUAUGUAAGAUACUAUUGUGAGAGCUAUUGUGUAUAAACUACUGCAGUUAUGAAAUUGAUAAAAUAAUGGCCAUGUUUCAAGUGUGUGUCGACGGAAUAUUUUUGGUAUUUAUUAGGAUCCCCAUUAGCCGCUGCAAAAGUAUCAGAAUUGUUCACUUUUCUCAUUGACUUCUCAAACUUCUCUCCACCAGGUGGAGAACAAACAAUGACUGGAAUGAACUACAAAAAUCUCUGAAACUGGAGACACUUAUCUCCCUCACUAGCUUUAAGCACCAGCUGUCAGAGCAGCUCACAGAUUACUGCUCCUGUACAUAGCCCAUCUAUAAUUUAGCCCAAACAACUACCUUUCCCCCUACUGUAUUUAUUUAUUUAGCUCCUUUGCACCACAAUUAUUUCUAUCUUUACUUUGCACAUUCUUCCACUGCAUAUCUACCAUUCCAGUGUUUUACUUGCUAUAUUGUAUUUACUUCGCCACCAUGGCCUUUUUUUGCCUUUACCUCCCUUAUCUCACCUCAUUUGCUCACAUUGUAUAUACUUAUUAUUAUUAUUUUUAAUUAUUGUAUUAUUGACUUUAUGUCUGUUUUACUAGAUGUGUAACUCUGUGUUGUUGUAUGUGUCGAACUGCUUUGCUUUAUCUUGGCCAGGUCGCAAUUGUAAAUGAGAACUUGUUCUCAACUUGCCUACCUGGUUAAAUAAAGGUAAAAUAAAUAAAUAAAACCCCGGCUUGGCUUUCUUCUCGGAAGUGUCGCGUUUUUACGUCUCUGGGUUUAGAAACUGGUAGUGGGGGAACAGGAAGUUCCGCGCAGGCGCGCAUCAUUCUUCAUAAUAAAGGAUACGCCAGAAUUGUGCAGUCGAGACAACUUCUGUGUCCGUUUCAAAUGUAUUGCUACUGCUACCAGAUCUAUUGAAGUGAGAUCAGUGCUUGACUUGGACAGGAGCUCACCAGAGCAGAGUACCAUCACCUCAAAUGGCUACUGUUUGAGGUCAUGUUCCUUUUAUAGAAUAUUAGCUCAACAGUAUUGUGGAGCUCUUGCACCUAAAUAUAAACCAUAUUUUUAGAGAAUAAAGAAAGUCUUGACAGUUCUGGCACUAACUUUUGUGUCUGCUUCUCUUUAUUACUAUUGGCCGACUCAGAUUAAGUCUGAGGCCGGUAACCAACAGUGAGGACAAACCCAGCCUGCCUCUCUCCUUACACACUGAGUCCAAACCUACAGUCACUGGGUCCUGAUUGUGACAGUGGAGCCCAGUUUGCACUGCAGGAUCCAGAAAUGGCAUCAGUGAAGCCGGAAGACUGCAGUCAAACACUGGAGCUGAAUGCCUUCAUUAAAGAUGAAGAAGAGGAGGAGAAGAUUGGGAAAUCUGUUUUUCAUGGUAUGAGGCCGGUAACAUCAACAGUGAGGACAAACCCAGCCUGCCUCUCUCCUACCACACUGAGUCCAAACCUACAGUCACUGGGUCCUGAUUGUGACAGUGGAGCCCAGUUUGCACUGCAGGAUCCAGAGAUGGCAUCAGUGAAGCUGGAAGACUGCAGUCAAACACUGGAGCUGAAUGUCAACAUUAAAGAUGAAGAAGAGGAGGAGAAGAUUGGGAAGUAUGUUUCUCAUGGACGACUAGAAUUAAGUCUGAUGCCGAGGCCGGUAACAUCAAUAGUGAGGACAAACCCAGCCUGCCUCUCUCAUUCCACACUGAAUCCAAACCUACAGUCACUGGGUCCUGAUUGUGACAGUGGAGCCCAGUUUGCACUGCAGGAUUCAGAAAUGGCAUCAGUGAAGCUGGAAGACUGCAGUCAAACACUGGAGCUGAAUGUCAUCAUUAAAGAUGAAGAAGAGGAGGAGAAGAUUGGAAAAUCUGUUAAUGAUGGUCACUCUCUUGUCAAUGAGGUUUCAUUGGGAAACCAGAUUUCUAAGGGACCUUCUUGCAGUUCCUACCGCUUCCACUGGAUGUCAACAGUCUUUAGAAAUUGGUUGAGGUUAUUCCUUUGUGUAAUGAAGAAGUACGGCCAUCUUGACGGAGGGUCACUCAAAGUCUCCUGUUUGUUAGAAGCGCAUGACCAGAAAGCUAGCUACAGUUGGUUUUAAUCCUGUAUUGAACACAGAUCAUCCCGUCUUCAAUUUGAUCGAUUAUUUACGUAAAAAAAUACCUAAAGUUGUAUUACAAAAGUAGUUUGAAAUUUUUGGGCAAAGUUUACAGGUAACCUUUGAGAUAUUUUGUAGUCACGUUUCACAAAUUGGAACCUGUGUUUUUCUGGAUCAAACGCGCCAAAUAAAUAGACAUUUUGGAUAUAUAUCGACGGAAUUAAUCGAACAAAAGGACCAUUUGUGAUGUUUAUGGGACAUAUUGGAGUGCCAACAACAGAAGCUCGUCAAAGGAGACCGUGUUGAGACAUUCUCUUCAUCGAGAGAGCAACAGCAGGAAGAUCACAGAGCGAAGAGGUCUCACCACUGCCCACAUUGUCA